UUUACGUCUGUUCAAUUGUAAUGCGGCAUCCACUCAGGACAGGAUAGUGACUGUGCGAACUCUGAGAGACGCGCUACUUUGUUUAUUUCUACCGACUUGACCUCGGGAUGUGAAGUAAAGCUGUUACCAGAUUUCAAAGAACUAUUUGCACACUAAUACAUUUGAUUUAUUGUCGUGGGGAAUAAGACGCAUAUUUGAAAAUGAACCCUCCGUGUGCGCGCUGUGGGAAAAUUGUCUAUCCGACGGAGAAAGUCAACUGCCUUGAUAAGAAUUGGCAUAAAGGAUGCUUCCACUGCGAGGUGUGUAAGAUGACUCUGAACAUGAAGAACUACAAAGGCUACGAUAAGAAGCCCUACUGCAAUGCGCAUUACCCGAAGCAGUCCUUCACCAUUGUGACUGACACCCCAGAGAACCUGAGGCUGAGACAUCAGAGUGAGUUACAGAGCCAGGUGAAAUACAAAAAGGACUUUGAGGAUAGCAAAGGCAGAGGCUUCAGCAUUGUAUCGGACACGCCAGAGCUGCAGAGACUGAGGAAGACACAGGAGCAGAUCAGUAAUGCAAAGUACCACGAGGACUUUGAGCGGACGAGGGGCCGAGGCUGCACCCCAGUGAUGGAGGACCAAAACAUGGAGAGAAUGCACCACCGGAACAACCUGAUGAUGAGCGAAGCAGCCUACAAGGGAGUACACCCACAGGUGGUAGAGAUGGACAGGAGACCUGGAGGCAUCAUCGUAGCUCCUGUGCUACCUGGGGCGUACCAUCAGAGUGCCCAGCCGCAACAGCCGGGGUACGGCUACAUGCACCAGACCAGCAUGUCGUCUGUGAGGUCUCAGCAGUCCCCCCCAUCUGUCACCAUGAGAGUUUACCGGGCGCUCUACGACUACGCAGCGCAAGACCACGACGAGGUGUCCUUCCGCGACGGGGAUGUCAUCGUCAACGCUCAGCCCAUCGAUGAGGGCUGGAUGUACGGCACCGUUCAGAGGACCGGCAAAUCAGGCAUGCUCCCUGCCAACUACGUGGAGUGCUUCAACUAAGGGCCGCAUCUCAAUAGUCUUUAAGUGAUUUCCUUUCCUCUCCCCUUGUCUCCUCUCCUCCAUCAGCACUGAUGUGAAAACAAAAAGAUUGGAUAGGCGGAAGGGAUAAGGUGGACUGGAUGCCUACUGGGAAAUUGACUUCCACCAGUUCUUUUAAUUUCAUUUCAGUACAGUUGAAGGAGAGGAGAUGAGGAAAGGAGGCCAUUCUAGAUUAUUGAAAUGCACCCAAGGGGCUAGCCUUACCAUGGUUUGGUGGAGUCCUCUCCCCAAGUUUCUGUUUGAAGCCUGGUCCUGGAGGGCUACUGUACAUGAGCAGAGAUAAAGGAACUGGGUGAUGUUGUUCAGUUUGCUCUGUCUAGACUACAGACCCAAACUAUCAUAGCUACUGUACAUUACCCGCUGAAAAUGGUCAUGGAAAAAUGUAUCAUGUAAUAAUACGUUUUACUUUUGGUUUAAUUUAAAGCAUUGGUGGCUUGUCCCACGUGAACAGUUAAUGAAAAAAUAUAUAUAUAAUUCAAUCAGAGAAUUGUAACCCUCAAAUAGACAACAUAAAGCAGACAAAAAAUGACCUAUUCAAUGGAAUACAUUUACCACUUUCUGGGAGAAGUCGAAAACAUCAUGAUUCCCACAAUAGAAACCACAUUUGAAUUCGUUAAGCAGUUUCUAAUUGUUUCACACAAACGUUGUGUUGACUUCAUGAUUCCAAAUGUGCAUUCUUGCAGCACAAGAACAAUAAUGUUUUCGACUUAUCCUGGAAAAGCAGUUAGUGGGUUUGCUUGAAUAGCGCCCAACCCAGUCCUCCAGCACCGGAAUAGGGAGGGACCCGCUUUCUUCUUGUACUCCUUUGUAUUUCAAUUAUUAUAUUUUGCAUUUGGACGUCAAUACUAACCUUGUUUCAUGUACAAAUUAGGGGAGAGGGAGUGAAGGAGAAAUGAACGUUUCAGGACAAUCCUGAGCGAUUGCCAGACAGUCAGCUGUUUAGCUUAUGUUAUAUCAUUAACACACUGCUUCAUUCUGUUUCGGUCUGAUGACAUAAAGGUUUAAACCAGCUCCACAAGUAAAUAUAGUUGAUACAAACUAUAAUUGAGUCAUACCAUCUCACCUCUUGCUUUGAGUUCAGUGGAGUGUCAAAUACCACACAGGCUUUAAUUAGAUUAUGUCCUCUUAGCGCUAACUAGCAACAUGGUUGUCAUAAAUUGCCAUGUAAACAGUGUCAAGUCAGAAUGGUAUAUGAAGUUGGAUUGUAAAUCUUAAGAUUUCUAAACUAUUGUGAACACUUUUGAUUCAUAAGCACCUAUAAAAAAAACACUAAUGACAGUACACUCCAAAAGGGUUCUUCGGCUUUCCCAAUAGGAGAACCCUUUUUGGUUCCAGGUAGAACCCUUUUUGGUUUCAGGCAGAACUCUUUUGGGUUCUGU